CGCCUGUUCUGUCGUCUCUUUCUCAGCCUAGCCCAGCCUCACCAUGGUGGACGCCUUCGCGGGCACCUGGAAGCUAGUGGACAGCAAGAAUUUCGAUGACUACAUGAAGUCAAUUGGUGUGGGUUUUGCCACCAGGCAGGUGGCCAACAUGACCAAGCCUACCACAAUCAUCGAAGUGAAUGGGGACACAAUCAUCAUAAAAACACAAAGCACCUUCAAGAGCACAGAGAUCAGCUUCAAGCUGGGAGUGGAGUUUGAUGAGACAACAGCAGAUGACAGGAAGGUCAAGUCCAUUGUGACACUGGAUGGAGGCAAACUUGUCCACCUGCAGAAGUGGAAUGGACAAGAGACAACGCUUGUUCGGGAACUAGUUGAUGGGAAACUCAUCCUGACACUCACCCAUGGCAGUGCAGUUUGCACUCGCACUUACGAGAAAGAGGCAUGACC